AUGACCAUCCAGACAUCCAAGCUCUUCGAGUCUAUCGCUGUCGGCUCCCUCGAACUGAAACACCGUGUGGUGCUCGCCCCUCUCACUCGCUUGAGGGCUUCGGCUGUUGGUGGUAUCCCCGCCGAGUUAUCCAUUGACUACUACGCCCAGAGAACUUCUGACGGGGGCCUUCUCUUCUCCGAAGGAACUGUUGUCGCUGAAGAGGCCGCAUGCUUCCCCUGUGCCCCUGGUAUCUACAGCCCAGAGCAGAUCGAGGCUUGGAAGAAAAUCAACUCCGCUGUCCAUGCGAAGGGCGGUAAGAUCGUCUGCCAGCUCUUUGCUGCCGGCCGAUCUACCAUGCCUGGCGUCUCUUCCGUCGUCUACGCCCCUAGCGAUAUCCCCCUCCAGGGCGGCUACCAGAAGUUGAUUGUGAUGACCGAGGAGGACAUUGAGCGAUGUGUGAAGCACUUCGCACAGGCUGCGCGCAAUGCUAUAGAGGCUGGCUUUGAUGGAGUAGAGGUACACGGGGCUAAUGGGUACCUCAUCGACCAAUUCACGCAACUUGUGAGCAACAAGCGCACAGACUCUUACGCCGCCUCUACCUUCCUUUUUCCUCUGCGAGUCACUCAAGCCGUCGUCGACGCUAUCGGUGCCGACAAAGUGGGCUAUCGCAUCUCUCCCUUCUCCCGCUUCCAGGAAAUGCGGGAAGUCGAUCCCUUGGGCACCUUCAUCCCGUUGGUUGAGAAGCUUCUUGAAGCUCAUCCGGAUCUUGCUUUUAUUCAUGCUGUCGAGCCUCGAACGGAAGGUACCGGCAGCGUAGAGCUCGCAAAGGCGACAGACUCUUUGGACCCCAUUAGAGACAUUGUCAAGAAAAAGGGAAAGGGAACGAAGUUCAUCGUGGCGGGAGGGUACAAUGCUGAAGAUGCAAAGAGACACGCCGACGAGACUGGCGACCUGGUUGCUUUUGGGCGAUACUUCAUCUCCAACCCCGACCUUCCCACCAGAAUUGAGCAUGGCUGGCCUUUGAAAACAUACGAGCGAGACACCUUUUACACACCCGGUCCUGUCGGCUACACUGACUACCCCUAUUAUAGUCCACUCCACCAGGAAGAGUCCUACACCUCUGGUGUACCUCAAGUUGUAUAG